GUAGAAAUUUGAAGUAAUCCAAUUUGAUAAAGCUGUUACUGUUCUAAAAUCUCAUUAAAAUAUAUAAUAAUAUUGCACAUGAUGCAGUACAGAGUCAACCUAGUUGACGCCUUUUUAGCGAGGUAAGUGACACUAUACUCACAGCUAUUUCCGCUGAGUUGAAACAAGUGAAUGAAGAAAUGAGCUUGCAAAUCAUAUAAUAACCAAUAAUCAUGAAUAAGUAGUAAAGUGAUAUACUCAUAUCAAAGUGGUCUCCACAAAACAUAUGCUAUACUUUUUGGUCCAAUCAAAUCACACUUCAUGAGUGCACCAUUUCUUCCUGAUAUUUUCAUGUGAGGAUUAGCUAAACUUUGGACUUUGAUCCUUUGAGGGCAAUGUUCACAGUGAACUAAUAGUAGGAUUAAAGUUACACCUUGACAACUUUUGCUCAUUGCUGACUCUUCCUUCGAGUUCCCCACAAAGCUGGAACCUAUCUGAAUCAGCAAGUGUAAUUCAUUCAAAAAACUCCAGAUAAAUCUAUAGGAUACAAUGGCAGCUUUGGCAAAAGGUGUUUUCAUUGUUGGUGCUAAACGAACACCAUUUGGCACAUAUGGAGGCAAACUGACAAAGACACAUAUCUCAGAUUUACAAACUAUAGCUGCAAAGGCUGCUCUAACUGCAGCUAAUGUGAAACCUGAAUUGAUAGACUCUGUUAUUGUUGGAAAUGUUCUCACUGCUGCAUCAGAUGGUACAUUUUUACCAAGGCAUGUGUCACUUAAAUGUGACAUUCCAAUUGAAAAACCAGCAUUUCUAGUGAAUAAGCUUUGUGGAUCAGGAUUUCAGUCAGUUGUCAAUGGAGCACAGGAUAUAAUGACAGGCUCUGCUAGCAUAGUACUAACAGGUGGAGUUGACAACAUGUCAGCUACACCUCACACAGUAAGAAACAUCAGAUUUGGUGUACCAUUAGGAACUAGUCCCACCCUGGAGGAUUCACUUUGGGUUGGUCUAACAGAUUCUUACUGUAAACUGCCAAUGGCUCUAACAGCUGAGAAAUUGGGAGAGCAGUUCAAAAUCACCAGAGAUGAAGUGGAUCAGUAUUCUUUAAGAUCUCAACAGCUGUGGAAAGCAGCUCAAGAUGCAGGCAGGUUUAAGGAAGAAAUGGCUCCAGUUCCAGUGAAAGUUAAGAGAGACACAGUUAACAUGGAUGUAGAUGAACAUGCAAGGCCAGAAACGACCCUUGAUGGGUUGAAGAAAUUGCCAACUCUGUUCAAGAAAGACGGACUGGUGACAGCUGGUUCCGCAUCUGGUAUAUGUGAUGGCGCAGGUGCUGUAGUAUUGGCGAGUGAAGAGGCUGCAUCAAAGCACAAUCUGAAACCCCUCGCACGGUUAGUUGCAUGGUCAGUUGUGGGGGUAGAGCCUUCCAUCAUGGGAAUUGGACCUUCACCAGCUAUCAAAAAGCUGUUGGAAGUCACUGGGAAGACCUUGAACGAUAUCGAUUUGGUUGAGAUCAAUGAAGCAUUUGCAGCACAAACAUUGGCAUGUGUGAAAGACUUGCAACUAGACAUCAAUAAGUUGAACGUUGAUGGAGGUGCCAUAGCUCUGGGACAUCCUCUUGGGGCUUCAGGAGCUAGGAUCACAACACAUUUGGUCCACGAAUUGAGGAGGAGAGGAGCAAAACUUGGCGUUGGUUCAGCAUGUAUUGGAGGUGGUCAAGGUAUUGCUCUUAUGGUGGAAGCUUUAUAAACGUACUGAUAUACAUAAUUUUACAUAAGGUUAUAUUAAUAUAGAUAUCAGAAAAGAAAUGAUACUGUAUACAUACAUACUGUUUUAUACAAAUAAUUUGUUUUAAGACGUUAAUUUAAAUAUGAAUAUUUUUGAUGUAUACAAACUUGUUUUUAAAUGGUUAUUGUCUUUUCGGUGGCUACUAAAUGUAUUAUUUUUCAUUCAUUAAAUAUUUUUAUACAAGGC